UGGGCUGGUGCUACCAUACAUGGAAAAGAUCUGAGCUCUUGAGCGCUUAAUUUGGGCAUUUGGCUAAUUGCUUUCCACUGUCUGCAAUAUCAAAAUGCGAGUUUUUUCCAGCAUCCUAUUUUAAUGAUUUGGAGAAACUACCAUGGAUAAUCGAUCAGUCAGCCAUAUAAAUAUCGCAUCUCUCCUGUUCCAUUUUCUUAUAAGCAUCUACCUCACCAAUGCCUUGCGAUGUUAUCAGACAGGAAACUUCACAACCAAUAGUACCUACGCAAAAAACCGGGGUCUUCUCCUCUCUUCUCUAGCUUCAAAUGUCACAGCAAAUGGUGGUUUCUACACCGCCACAGUAGGACAAGGCGCAGAUGAAGUUUAUGGUCUGGCGCUUUGCAGAGCAGACUCUUCAUCAGAAGCUUGUUCCAAUUGUGUCAAUACAACAAUGAUAGAUUUAAUUGAAAAGUGUCCUAACCAGAAAGAAGCAAUUUCGUGGUGGGCCGCGGGAGAUAACUGCAUCAUACGAUAUGCAAACCGCUCGAUUUUUGGACGAGUGGAGAUAGACCCUCCUGAAAUUUUCUAUAAUACCGGUGACAUCAAAUUCAAUAUGGAAGAGUUUGAUCAGAUAUGGAGCAAUUUGAUGGCUCGCUUAUCAACAAAAGCUUCCAUGGGCUCUUCCAAGGUGAAGUUUGCAACUAGAGAAGCAGAUUUAACACCCUUUCAGAAAAUAUACGCGUUGAUGCAGUGCACUCCUGAUAUUUCCCAAAGUAAUUGCAACUAUUGCCUAGGACAGGCAGUGGUACAAUAUAACAAUUGUUGCCAUGGGAAGCAAGGAGGUGGGGUUUAUACACCUAGCUGUAUUUUCCGAUGGGAUUUGUAUCCAUUCUACAAUAAUUCUAUUGCUGAUGCUCCGACUCCAACACCUCCAGUCAGUAUUUCUCCCCACUCAACCAAUAAUACAAUAAGCAAAGCACUUGUUGCCCUCACUUGCAGCCUUUUCUAUUACAGGAAGCCUAAGCAAGAAACCAAAGAUUUGGAUGAAAAUAGUAGCACAGAAUGCCCGAAAUUCAAUUUUGAGACUAUCAGACUUGCAACAAAUGACUUCUCUUAUCAUAAUAAGCUUGGACAAGGUGGAUUUGGUACUGUUUACAAGGGUGUUCUUUCGAAUGGACGAGUCGUAGCUGUAAAGAGACUAACAAGAAACUCUAAGCAAGGAAGAGUUGACUUUAAGAACGAGGUCAUGCUAGUGGCCAGACUUCAACAUAGGAAUUUGGUUAGACUCUUGGGUUUCUGUUCUGAAAGAAAUGAAAGGCUUCUCAUAUAUGAAUAUGUUCCAAAUUCAAGUCUCGACCGUUUCAUAUACGAUCGAGAUAAGCGUUUACUAAUGGAUUGGAACAUGCGCUAUAAAAUCAUAGUGGGCAUAGCUCGAGGAAUUCUUUAUCUUCAUGAAGAUUCUCAACUUCGCAUUAUUCAUCGUGAUCUCAAAGUCAGUAAUAUCCUACUAGAUGAAAAAAUGAAUCCUAAAAUUUCAGACUUCGGAACAGCAAGGUUGUUUCCCAUAGAUCAAUCUGAGGAUGCUACAAGCAAAAUUGUGGGAACCUUUGGCUACAUGGCUCCAGAGUAUGUAUUUAACGGAAUCGUCUCAGUGAAGUCAGAUGUUUUUAGUUUUGGUGUAUUGAUUUUGGAAAUUAUCACUGGCCAAAAGAGUAAUAAAUUCCGUAUUGGGGAAGAAGGAGAAGGGGACCUUAUAACCUUUGUAAGUAAAAUAUUUUUAUUUCUAUAUUUCUCCGUUACAUUGGCUAUUGAAUAUGGGCAAAUCUAAACAAAAAUAAUUAAAAAGAUCAUAUGCAUAUUUCUUUUGAAUUUUGUGUAGGCAUGGGAUAAUUGGAUUGGUGGGACUGCUUCAAAUAUCAUAGAUCCUAUUCUGAUAGGAGCUGCUUCGACACAUGAUAUAGUGAGAUGUAUCCAAAUAGGAUUGCUGUGCUUGCAAGAUGAUGCAGCAAAAAGGCCAACUAUGGCUUCGGUUGUUCUCAUGCU